AUGGCCUUGAAGGUCAACACGCAACGCUUAGACUUUCGUGUUCUUCACCUUUCAACGUACGCCUUUAGCGCAUUCAUCAUCCACGGAGCCUUCAUCAUGUCUUAUGCAAUCCUUUACCACUCCAGCCCCUAUUAUGCCCACCUCUCACAGACCACGAAGGGGCUCAGACCCGGCGACUGGGGCCGAUUUUUGGUAAUCGCUGCUACUCGCGAAGACAUGAAGAGGUUCUUCCGAGGGUUGCAAAAGUACACCAAGAUCGGCAACACGGCAAUAACCGAGGUGACACCUGUUAACCUCGCCUAG